AUGGAAGAUAAUAAAUUAUUUUGUGGAGGAACUUUGAUAUCCCAAAAUUGGGUGUUAACAGCAGCUCAUUGUUGCGAUAUUAUGAGACCAAAUCGUCAAUAUAAUAUCUACGCGGGUGCUAAAAACGUUAAUGAUACCCCAGAACAAAUCGCUGAAAUUGAAUGGGUUUACAUCCACGCAAAUUAUUCAAGGGAACCGUUAAAUAACGAUUUGUGUAUUUUAAACAUAGAACCCGGUAUUAAAAAAUCGAAACAUAUUAAAGCUUCUAAAUUUCCUACUAAAUCAAUAUUUAAAGAAUUAGUAGAUAAUGGUAAGUGUACAAAUGCGAUUGUAAUGAGUUUUGGAUUACAAAAUCGUAAAAGAAAAUUGGUGUCUCAUUUAAAUAAGAAUUAUAAUCCACACCUACAAUGUACUUCACUUCAAGUUAUGAAUUUAAAGGAUUGCUAUAAUCUAUUCGGAGAGAUGAUAACAGAAAGUGUAUUUUGUGCAAGGGAUGCUGAGAAAGGUAAAGACGCCUGUCAAGGAGAUUCAGGAGGCCCUUUGAUGUGCAAAGGAUUUCAAAUUGGUGUAGUAUCAGCAGGAAUUGGUUGUGGAAUUCCUCUGUACCCCGGUUUAUUCACAAGAAUCGAUAUAUAUGAAGAUUUUAUGAAUAUUGCUUUCAGUAAUCAAACUAAUCCAAAUAAAAUAAUUCGGUCCAUAACCGGAGAAGAAUUUAGAUUUAGAAGUGAUUCUAAUACCAUUGAGGGUUCAAUUAUUAUUGUUUUUAUGUUGUAUUUGUUGUAA